AUGGCCGCACGUAGAAGGAGGCAUCGGGGUCUGGGCGGCAGUGGCUCGCGCGAGAGAGGGUUAGCUACAGACUGCUACAUUGUGCAUGAAAUCUACAGUGGAGAAAAUACCCUGGACCAGCUUGAGUGUGAGCUGGAGCAGGUGCCGGAAGCCCAGUACAAGUACAUUGUGAUAGAGUCCACCCGAACUGGAGAUGAGACAGCACGCUGGAUCACCGUGGGCAAUUGCCUGCACAAGACGGCCAUGUUGGCAGGUACUGCCUGCCUCUUCACCCCAUUGGCACUGCCCCUGGAUUACUCCCACUACAUCUCCCUGCCCGCUGGUGUGCUGAGCCUGGCCUGCUGUACCCUCUAUGGGAUCUCCCGGCAGUUGGACCCUUGCUGCAAGUACCAGACGGAGUAUGAUGCCUAUAAACUGUCCCGCCUGCCUCUGCACACGCUCACCUCCUCCACACCAGUGGUGCUGGUUCGGAAGGAUGACCUGCACAGAAAGAGACUGCACAACACAAUAGCCCUGGCUGCCCUGGUGUACUGUGUAAAGAAGGUUUAUGAGCUCUACGCCGUAUGACUGCAGGAGAGUGGGACGAGAAGCAGAAGCACAGGGCCCACAGGACUCAGAUCCCUACAGCAACACUGGGUUUUCUCUGUGAAGCAAAAGCACCUGGGAAA